CACUUGUGACAAAACGUUUCUGGGGAUAAAGAGGAAGGAAUGCAACGAGCAAGACUGCUCUAGCUGAAAGAAGGAAAAUCUUGUCCGAGGAUGGACUGUGUGUAUGAUGCGAACCAUGCGAACUACAAUAGCGCCUACCACAAUGCCGCCACCCUGGACGCCAUGGCGAGGUCAAAGAUCAUCGCCACGGCAACCAGAGUCAGACGAGAUAAAGACGAUCCUGACAUCACCGUCCUAGUGGCGGGAAACGGCGUGAACGUGGCGAGGGUUCACAUGCCGGCAGACGUUAGGGUGACGCCGCUAGGUGUCGUGACUGGCGCCGUAACAGUGACAGCGGUUGGUCCUUACGGUAAAAAAGCGCACUGCACUCUCGCCAAACAGAAACCAGGCCACUUCCACGGAACUUACACACCGAACAUUGUAGGAAGUUGGGUGGUGACUAUCCGGAUCGACGGGAAGUCUGUUCCGGGAAAGAGGUUCACCUGCAAUGUGUACGACCCCCGCAAGGUGAAGGUGUUCGACACGCAGCCGGGGAUUCUGGGAAGGCUGUGUACGUUUGGAGUCAACACUAAGGAGGCCGGGGAGGGUGACCUCUCGGUGGUGGUGAUCUCUCCCAAGGGGCGGAUCGCAAGUCGCGUGCGGAACGAAGGUCUCGGGAAAUAUCGCGUGAGCUUCUCACCGGAAGUCGUUGGGAUGCACAAAGUUUUUGUCAACUACAACGGAGAUGAGAUUGCAGAGUCCCCGUUUCAAAUCGAAGUGGGGAACACCAGUGCCAUAUCCGCCCACGGGAAGGGCUUACAGAGGUGCCGGGCAGGGUCAAGGUCAACCUUCAAGAUCAAAGGCUGCAGUGGAGGUGACGUCAAGGUCACGAUAACAGGUCCCAGUGGAGCCUCCGUCCCCAACAUCACUAACGUCUCGGGAGGAAACUACGUCUGCGAGUUCACACCGUUUGAAGCAGGUGACCAUGAAGCUGAUGUGCAGUACAACGGAGAGUCGAUAGAGGGCUGCCCGGCUACCAUCCAGGUGUACGACCCCAGAGCGGUGGUGAUUCACGGUGUGGAUGACGGUGUGGUCGGGCAGCAGUGUCUUUUCCAGAUUGACGUGUCCCAGGCCGGAGCAGGUGAUGUACAGAUAAAGAUCCUGAACCAUGGUCGGCCCGUCAAAUGGAAACUGUCGUCCAUCGAACCUAACAAGCUCAACGUGUCAUUCAUACCGGAGAGGGCGGGGCCUCAUGACGUCACUGUCACUUUUGAGGGGGACACGGUCCCAGGAUGUCCGUUCCGCUGCAAUGUGAUAGACCCGAGCCGUGUGGUGCCCAUCAAACACCAGCCCCGUGUGGCCACGGCAGGCCGCCUGACCAACUUCACCGUCACCACACGUGAUGCCGGGGAGGGCAACACCACCUUCAUUAUCACAGACCCGUUUGGCAGUGUGAUACCAUGUCGAGUGGAGAACGAACGGCAUGAAGUGAGGGCACACUGGACACCGUCUGAUGUCGGGAGGCACCAUGUUCAGGUACUGUUUGGUGGUGUGGAAGUUCCCGGCAGCCCAUUCGUGGUCCAGUCGUACGACGCCAGUAAGAUAUCGUUGGAGGAUCUGGACACGAACGGAAGACCGGGGGAAAUGGUGGAGUUCACUGUAAACACGGAAGGGGCAGGGGAGGGUGACCUGAAAUGUCACGUGGCAGCAGACGGAGGAGCCACACACGUGAAGAGCACCGUGCGGAAGAUCGCAGCUGAGCGGUACGCCGUGACGUUCAGACCCGAGUCGGUCGGCGAACACGACGUUAGGGUUACAUACAACGGAGUGGAUGUUCCAGGGACUCCGUUUGCCUGCAACAUCUUGAACCCUGACCGAGUGUCUGUGACCGGGGACGGGAGGAAGAGAGUUCAGCUCAACACCCCCUACCGGUUCUUCGUGCACACGCAGGGCGGGGGGAAGGGCACGGUGCAGUGUGCCGUCACAGGACCAGGACAAGUCCCUGUACCAUGUAAGUUGGAGGACAAACAUGGCGGCGACUUUAUUGGAGAGUUUGUACCUGAUGCCAUAGAUUAA